GAAGCAGCGCUGUGACAAUGCCCAAUAUGAAUACACAAAAGUAGCCCCCUGAAAAUCUGAUCAUCUGAUCAUCUGUCGUUGGUGUUCAAAAGUCGCUCCAGUGGCCCAGUUGCCUCACUUGCGGGCCAGACGAUCUGUACUCAGCCGUCUUUUUUUUUUCUCGCGGCACGUUACGUACGUGUGGAAGAUGAAGUUGUUGUUGGUUCUCGUCCUUCUCGGCGCGGCUGCUGUAGACGCCCAGUCCUGGUGGUCCUGGUUCGGCGCUCCUGCUGUCGAUGACAGCACCCCAAGGGCAGCAUGGGACGGCUUGAGAGUGACCUUCGGAUUCAGUCCUUUCGGAAACUUUGACCGUUUGCCUCGCACCAAGGAGAUGGCGGUAGAAAAAGGAUGGACGCUGUUUGGAUCCAGCAGGUGUACAGCUGGUACGUGGCGGGGUUUCCGGUACGUCAAGGACAACGACCCUGCGGUCACCUUGCUGUUCGACAAGAACGGCUACAUCGCCGGGUUACAGAUGGGGGUUCGGAAGAGUGAGCUGCCCUCUGACGGCAGCAUCCCGCCCCAGCAGGUCACCCCGCCAUGGAUAGAGGACACGGACACGGACAUGUGGUUACUUACAGCCUAUUUCAUCCAGCCAAGUGAAAUUUGCAGUGAUGGUCGUACAGAGGCUGAGUACCAGGAGGAAGGCACGGGGACUGACCUGUACAUCCAGACCGGCCCUAACCCCACCUCGGACAUCAUGGCCAUCCCCCUGCAACAGUCCGACCUGCAGGGCACCAAAUGGACCGAGGGCAAGUGCUUCUGGGGCAUGGGUGAGUUUGGCAUUCACACGUUCACAUUGAUAGUAAUCGUACCCGUCCUUUUGCAAUCACUCUUUACAAAAAUUAUCUAGCGUUACCUCAGAACA